AUGUCAAUUGUUUCCCUCUUGGGUAUAGAGGUUUUGAACAACCCAGCCAAGUUCACUGAUCCGUAUGAAUUUGAAAUCACAUUUGAGUGUUUGGAGCCGUUAAAGGAAGACUUGGAGUGGAAAUUGACGUACGUUGGAUCUUCCAAGUCUUUGGACCAUGAUCAAGAGUUGGAUUCCAUAUUGGUGGGCCCAGUUCCCGUUGGUGUAAACAAAUUUUUAUUCCAAGCGGAUCCACCAUCUCCCGAUUUGAUUCCAGCGAGCGAAUUGGUCAGUGUUACAGUUAUUUUGUUGAGUUGUUCAUACGCAGAUAGAGAGUUCGUUAGGGUUGGGUACUACGUAAACAAUGAGUAUGACUCCGAAGAAUUGAGAGAAAACCCUCCCGCAAAGGUUCAAGUGGAGCAUGUAGUACGAAAUAUCCUUGCGGAGAAGCCAAGAGUGACGCGAUUUAAUAUCGUGUGGGAUAAUGAAAACGCAGAUGAGUAUCCACCAGAGCAGAAUGUCGAGGAGGAUGAGGAAGAGGAGGACGAAGAAGAAGAUGAAGAAGAAGAGGACGAGGAUGAAGAAGAAGAAGAAGCAGCAGAAGUAGAGGAAGUCGACGAAAAUGACGAAAAUAAGGACGAAGAAGUGGAUGUGGAUGUAGACGUCGACGAGGACGUGGAAAUAGAGGAAGAAGCUCCGGAAAAGGAUGAAGACGUAGAAGAAGUGGACGGUGAAGAGGAUAUCGCCAUUGAAGAAGAUAUUGAGACUGAUGAAGAAGGAGAAGUAGAAGAAAAAGCCGAAACCCCAGUUGAUGCAGUGCAGGCAUAA